GCCGGGCUAGAGGGCGGGUGGGAAGAUGGCGGCCACGGCGGCUAGUGGGCUGCCCGGGAAGGGGCAUGAUAUCAGCCUGGCUGCCCUGCGGCGCCACGACCCCUGCAUCAGUCGCAUCGUGGACGUGGCCAGCCAGGUGGCUCUGUACACUUUCUUCCAUCAGGCCAACAAAUGGGAGAAGACUGAUGUGGAGGGAACCUUAUUUGUUUAUACAAGGUCUGCCUCUCCAAAGCAUGGAUUCACCAUUAUGAAUAGGCUCAGCAUGGAAAACAGAACAGAACCUAUUACUAAAGACCUGGACUUCCAGCUCCAGGACCCUUUCCUUCUCUACAGAAAUGCCACAUUGUCCAUUUAUGGAAUUUGGUUUUAUGAUAAGGAAGAGUGCCAAAGAAUUGCAAGACUGAUGAAAAACCUCACCCAGUGUGAACAGUUGAAAGCCUGUCAUGGAUCUGGAGCAGAAUUCUCCCCAGGGACCCUGAGUUCGGAAGAGGGCAGAGGAGUGGAUAUCUUACAGAUGCUCACCAAGGCCAAAGAUGAGUACACUAAGUGUAAGACCUGUUCUGAGCCAAAACAGAUAACCAGUUCUUCUGCCAUUUGUGACAACCCUAAGCUUAUCAAACCUGUCCCCGUGAGACCCAGUGGUAGCCAGAGGCUACAAGAAACCCCACCCAACAAGACCUCGGACCCUGAGCCCCAACACUUGUCUUUGACAGCUCUAUUUGGGAAACAAGACAAAGCACCGUGUCAUGAAACUAUGAAACCCUCUGGGACAUUCACCCACCACCACCACCAUCACCACCACCACCACCACCACCACCAGCAAGAGCAGCUUCCCAUUCAUCAAGGAGUUGCAUGCCCCCUGUCCUAUGAGAAUCCCAGAAGGCUCUUACUCCCCGUGGAGAAGCAACUAUGUCCAGCCAUUCAGAAACUCAUGGUUAGGAGCACAGGACUGCACCCGCUGCCACAGCAUCCUCAACAGUGGCCCUGUGAAAGUGGCAGCCCCGGGCAUGCAAGGGGAGUUCUCCCUGGUCCUGUCCACCUGGGGUCACCCUGGAACGGUGGGACUGCACACUGUGCACAGAGCACUUGCAGAAGCCGCCAGCUGCUAGAGCAGCUUCAAGGUGCUUCUAGGUCAGCACAUAAGGAUAAGCCCUGUGCACCUGCCAGUCCGGCUGCGGCCACUCAGGUGGCUCCGUGCCAAAGUGUGGCGCACUCACAGCUGGUGUAUUUCAGUGGCCCCCUUCCUCCUCCCACACCAGGACAUCAGGCUCUCAGGAAGGAGCAGUGUGCACUGCCAGCGCAAGCGCUGUCCCUGUCUGGCCACCAGGAGAGCGGCCCCAGUGUGCUCCCUACUCAGGAGCUGCUGAGAAAGCUCCAGGUAGUACAUCAGGGGCAGCAGCCACAGGUGGCCCCCCAGCCAGCCCUGGCAGCCAGGUUCCCCGUGUCAGCCCCUGGCUCGGGGACAGAAAAGCCCUUGGAAGCCUGGGCCAACAAGACAGCCAGCAUGGAGAAACAGGCUCCUCUUCCUCAGUUCACCUGUGCCCCACUGAGGGAGACUGAUAGUGGACUCAUGCCCCUAGAAGGCCAAGAACUUGCUGCUGCCUCCUCCAGCCUCCUUCUGCCCCUGCAGAACUGGGAAUCCGCCACUGUGGCCAGCAAGCCCCUCACCAGGCUGCAGCUCCAGGAAGCACUGCUGCACCUCAUCCAGAAUGACGACAGCUUCUUAAGCAUAAUCUAUGAAGCCUAUCUCUUCAGUGUGACACAAGCAGCCAUGAGAAAAGCCACUUAACCAACUACGGGAGAACAAAGACUGAGAAUUUGUUUUCUAGGCCCUUCCUGUGAACUGUGUGACCAAACACAUUUCUGCCUUUUUAACAAAAUAUAGUAAUGCAAAGUUAAAUGGUUUUGUACUAUCGAAUAUCUUGGGGUUUUUUGUUCUUGUUUUUGAAGAAUCAAAUCCUCCUGUAUACUAAUUGAGUGCAUAGAUUGUUUAGGUUCAGGUCACAUAAGAUUAAUUUUUCCUACAUUUAUAAGGCCUUUUUAAGAACUGGACUCUUCGUAGGAGGGGAUGUUCUCAGAGCUGUUUAUUAAUAGCUCAAGCUAAAGAGAGCAAUUUCCUAGUGUUGGCUCUGUGUGCCAUGGUGCUUGAUAACCACCAGGGGGCAAUGUUACCCCACAAGUUACCUACUAAGGGUUUCCUGAGCUCUUGGAAGCAAUGAUGACUUUGUUAACAAAGUCAGACUUUCAUUUGUAAAGCUCCAUUUGGCAUGUUUGAUCUAAGCCUUUGGAGAGAAUAUCUUUCUGAAGGUAUUUCUAGCCAGGUGUCAACAGUGGCCCAAGGCUUGAGGCAAUACUAACAUUUCCCAAUUCAGGCUACUUCUUGGGACACAAAAAGUAGGAUCGGCCUGCUCUUGGUUCCAGCAGACACUCACAUUUAGAAAAUGUGCUGAAGGGGAGGUAGCAUGAGACUAGGUAGGGGCUGUGCAGGGGCAGAAGAUUCUCCAGGCUGUAGCAGUCCUGUUGCCGGGUCAUGUGCAAAGAGACCAGGAGCAUAAUCCUAGAGGGAGGCAGGAGAGCCUUGCUGUCCCUAAAGGGCACAUGUGGACAUUGGCCCUGCUGCGUCUGCACAAAGAAUAAAGCUUCGUGAUUUUAGCGUCUUAGUAAUUCCUGAAUCAUAAAAGGGUCUUUGGCCUAGAGCUUCCUAGAAGAAUCUUAUUCUUUUUAUGGAGAAUUUAAAAUGGAGGCCCAGGUGGGGUGGGGUGGGGUGGGGUGUCCUUACAGCUUUGGCUCUGCUCAUCCAUCCCAGCAGCAGGAGGAGCACGACCUGUCCUGUAUGACCGCAGGCAUGCUUUGCCCUAAAGAAGAACGGAGGGCUGAAGAGGAACUGAGCUCUGCUGGUCCUCACUGUGCACUGUGCCUUGACCUACAUCUACCGUGUCAGCCUCUGGAAGGGAUGUCUCCCAUAUCACCCAACACUUCUAUGAGCCGGUAUAAGUCUCUCGAAUACUCAACAGUAAUUAUACGCAUCUCUGUAGGAGAAUGAAGCAAGAGACGUCCAUGGUUCUAUGGUCCUAAAUCAGUAAAAACAGCAUCAUGUUGGUAACAUGUCUACUAAACUUGGAGCAAUAUUAGGCUGGCAGUGUAUCUCUCGGAUAGGGCACUUGCCUAUAUAAGGUUCUGGGUCAAAUACCUCACACUUAAAAAAAUGUUAUUUAGCCAGUUACCAGUCUUUUAAAAUGUGGUUUGGUGAUAAAUAAAAUAAAAUAAUGGAAGACAUUUAAAAACUGUA